AUGACACCUCGCACGGCUACACUCAUUUUCACAUUCGACCAGAUUCGGUGGGCGAAUAUCCGCCUACCUUUCUCUAGCUCAGAUCCCCCUCAUCUCCUGAACUCGCCAGGCAUUUCCCCAGCCCUGAGCGAAGGUGGCCAAAGACAGACCUGUUUGCAGCUUCCAAGAUGUCCACAUCCCGAGAGUCGGGACCGGGUUUCUCCGGACAGUCGGUCCCCUUCACUUUCUAACCUCAAAACCCUGCCAGCACAAGUGAGCGCCCUCAUUAUCCACGCCCUUCCAAUGAGUCACUUUUCCUACUCGAGUAGCCAGCCGGAUCGCCCGCGUUUGUUGCUUGCUUCGGGGGUGCAGAGCUUGGUUCUUUCAGGGACUGCUAGUUGCUGUCCUCAUCUAGACUAUAAACAUAUCAUAAUCCUAUUCCCCCCACCCCCCACCGCCCUACGAGUUAUUCUUUGUUUAUCAAAGGAACAGCAGCGCCGUAGUAAGACCACACACCAAGGCGCUCUGUCUUCUGGGCGAAGUUCCGGAAGGCGCCUAGGACUCAUCCUUGGCUCGCUUAGGCGCCUAGCUCUGGUCCUGGCCAUCAGCGUGUUCGGUGGGGUGGGGCUGGCCCGGGCUCACUUUGAGAAGCAGCCGCCCUCCAAUCUGAGGAAAUCCAACUUCUUCCACUUUGUCCUGGCCCUCUAUGACAGACAGGGGCAGCCCGUGGAGAUCGAGAGAACCGCCUUUGUGGGGUUCGUGGAGAAGGAAAAAGAAGCCAACAGCGAAAAGACCAAUAAUGGGAUCCAUUACCGACUCCAGCUCCUCUACAGCAACGGUAUAAGAACAGAGCAGGAUUUCUACGUCCGCCUUAUUGACUCCAUGACUAAACAGGCCAUAGUGUAUGAAGGCCAAGACAAGAACCCAGAAAUGUGCAGAGUUUUACUCACACAUGAAAUCAUGUGCAGCCGCUGUUGUGACAAGAAAAGCUGUGGCAACCGAAAUGAGACUCCCUCAGAUCCAGUGAUAAUUGACAGGUUCCUGAUAAAAAAAUUUCUAAGAUCUGGUAAAAGUAUAUUGAAAGUAAGUGACUUGCCCAAGGACAUAAGAAGAUUUCAAGUCGUGGUGUCUACGACAGUCAAUGUGGAUGGCCAUGUCCUGGCUGUCUCAGAUAACAUGUUCGUACACAAUAACUCCAAGCAUGGGCGGAGGGCUCGGAGACUUGACCCCUCGGAAGCUACCCCCUGUAUCAAAGCCAUCAGUCCAAGUGAAGGAUGGACUACGGGAGGUGCCACAGUGAUCAUCAUAGGAGACAAUUUCUUUGAUGGGUUACAGGUCAUAUUUGGUACCAUGCUGGUCUGGAGUGAGCUGAUUACUCCUCAUGCCAUUCGAGUGCAGACCCCUCCUCGGCACAUCCCUGGUGUUGUAGAAGUUACAUUGUCUUACAAAUCCAAACAGUUCUGCAAAGGAACACCGGGAAGAUUCAUUUACACAGCUCUCAAUGAACCCACCAUUGAUUAUGGUUUCCAGAGGUUACAGAAGGUCAUUCCCCGGCACCCUGGUGACCCUGAGCGCUUGCCAAAGGAAGUAAUACUCAAACGAGCUGCAGAUUUAGUGGAGGCUCUCUAUGGCAUGCCACACAAUAACCAGGAAAUCAUACUGAAGAGGGCAGCUGAUAUUGCAGAGGCCCUGUACAGCGUUCCUCGUAACCACAACCAGCUUCCUGCCCUUGCUAAUACUUCGGUUCAUGCUGGAAUGAUGGGAGUUAAUUCAUUCAGUGGACAACUGGCAGUGAAUGUUUCAGAAGCUUCACAAGCCACCAAUCAGGGUUUCACUCGAAAUUCAAGCAGCGUAUCCCCACAUGGGUAUGUGCCGAGCACCACCCCACAACAGACCAACUAUAAUUCUGUCACCACAAGUAUGAAUGGAUAUGGCAAUGCUGGCAUGUCCAACUUGGGUGGAUCCCCAACCUUCCUCAAUGGCUCAGCUGCCAACUCUCCUUAUGCCAUUGUGCCAUCAAGUCCAACCAUGGCCUCCUCCACAAGCCUCCCCUCUAACUGCAGCAGUUCCUCUGGGAUCUUCUCCUUCUCACCAGCCAACAUGGUCUCAGCAGUGAAACAGAAGAGUGCUUUUGCUCCAGUUGUGAGACCACAGACUUCCCCACCUCCCACCUGCACCAGCACCAAUGGGAACAGCCUGCAAGCUAUAUCUGGCAUGAUUGUCCCUCCCAUGUGAAAGAAUUGCCUUGAAGAAUUUUAUUAAUGAAGAGGUUGGAUCCUGCUACAGAGAGAAAUCUGAUACAAGUCCCAGAGUGGAACUUUUAACUCAGGCCUUUUUAAGAGGAAUCACAAUAACUGCAGAUUUUUAAACAAACAAAAUCACCGACCUUGCAAAUACUGAAAUUGGAAGGAAUCUGCAAGUGCAGGGUGUUGGUUAAAGUUGUACAUCCCAAGUAUUUGGGAGAUAUAUUUAUUCUGUGUUGAUAAAAGAAAAUCCACUUUUUUUUUUUAAAAAAAGCUUAACUCAACAAUCAUUUGUCUUUUAUAAACCGUAAAGCUAUAUAUGAGGGACACUAUAAAUAAGACUCCAUGUUUUAAUUUAUGAUGUUUUUAAAGCUGUGUAAAGGGAGAAUGAAGCGGUGACAUUUACAAAAAAAAAAGUUUAAAAAAAAGCUUGUAUGGGACAGAAUAGGAAUGCCAGUUAGAGUUUUCUAGAAGACUAAGGGUCGGCUCUUACGCCUUAAAUGCAUAUCAAGUGGUAGUUUGCUCAUACAGUGCAUUUUCAGUAUCUAACUUAACCUGCCACCCCAUAGGAGUACAAGCUUAUUGAUCUCUUUUUGUAUCAUUGUCUUAAGUAAUCAUGUAAAUAAAUGCAACCUGGAAAGUUAAGCGAUUUAAAUGAUCACAUCUUUCUCUUCCACUCCAAAAAUUCAGUGCCUCUAGAUAGAUUGCUGAAACUGCAUAUUGAAACCUGCUGCCAUUCUCUUUUGCUAAUAUAUCAGAAUCUUCUGAAGUCAGUGGCCUCCAGAGAGUUUGGUGUAAUAGUCUGUAUUCAUGUAAAAAUCUCCUUUGAGACUUCAUGGAACAGGGUCCAGGCAUAAAACUCUAGACAACACACCCGUGUGUGUUUUCAAGCCAAAAUCUAUCCUCUAACCCCUCCAUUUAAAAGGAAAAAAAAUCAAAAAACAAAAACAUAUUGCCAUUGACUCUUCUCACAGGCCGACUUCCCAUCAUCAUUGCAAGGAACUGACAAAAGGUGCAAUGCAGGAAUUUUCACUCAUGUCCCACUCAGAUAGCUCCUGUAUUAGUCGACCCUUACUGUUUGUAACAUAAUAGAUUAAGCAACAGGUUAAGUGCUUUGGAAUAAAUAGUAAAUGGAAACGUGAAA